CCCUCUCUAGUCUCUAGUAGCAGCGGCUUAAAACACCCGCAAGAAGCAGAGAAGGGUGCCCAAAACCCUUCCCUUCUUUCACUCUCCAACAUGGCAACCUCUUCACAAGCUCAGGCCGUCAAGUCCCUCAACAAAUCGGCCGGACGCCGCCGCUUUGUCUUCAAGAGCGUCUCUGAGAGACUAGAAGAAGUCGAAAUCGAUGUCUUCCGAAGCCUCGAUAAGCUAAAGGACGAGCCUUCCCCAGGCUCCACGUUUUUCCGGGACUGCCUCGUAGAAUGGAGGGAAUUGAAUACCGCAGAGGAUUUCAUCUCAUUCCACGAGCAGAUGACGCCGUUGGUCCAGACAUUGCCUUUGAUAUUGUUGCACAAGGAGACCAUUUUCGAAGCAUUGGUUUCUAGAUUGCAAAUCAGUGCAAGGUUAUCGCUUGAGCCUAUUCUGAGGUUGAUUGCAGCUCUGUCCCGAGAUCUCCUGGAGGACUUUAUCCCCUUCUUGCCAAGGAUUGUCGACUCUCUAGUGUCUCUUUUAGAUAGCGGUGCUGAUAGGGAGCCUGAGAUCGUGGAGCAGAUCUUUACAUCCUGGUCAUGCAUUAUGAGGGAUUUGCAGAAAUAUCUUGUGCACAAGCUUGUAGAUAUGCUAGAGGUUACUGCAAAGUUAAGAUAUUAUCCAAAGAAUUAUGUCCAAGAAUUAAUGGCACAGGCGAUGGGAUUCUUGCUGAGAACGAGAACUGCACCUUUUGUGCAGCUUGACAAAGGUGUCAGAAAGAUCAUGCUUGAUGUUGUGGAGGAAUCAACACCUUUCAGAAAAUAUGGAGUCAGUGCUUUACUAUAUUACGCCAUGACGGGAACCUCAACAAGGUUCCAUUCUAGAGCCAAGCAAGUGUUACUUUUAUUGAUGGACAACUCAAUACUUGGUUCAGCCACUGUUAUUGAAGUCUUAAUUUCUGCAUUACAGAGAUUGUGUGAGGAUUUGGACUCCAAGGAGUUAAACUUAAUGUUCGAAUGCUUAUAUCAGGAAAUAAAGGGCUGUGUGACUAAUGGAGGUGUACUGCGUUUAAGCCGGCUGUUGUCACUGCUUGUGUCUACUGUUCAGGUGAAGAAUGGGAAAGCGGUUUCUGAUUACAAACAAAUGCUUGAAAUUGUGGGGGUGCUUGUGCGGACAUAUAUCAUACCCUCUGGCAUUCAGAUGGGAGAGGAACAUUUAUCUGAAGUCGUUGAUAAGAUUUUUCAGUUAAUGCUCAGCAUUCUUAGCGGACUGCACACUUAUAAUGAUUUGUCAACCAUCUUUGGCUGUUCGUUGCAAUGGGCUCCUGUAUUUGAUUUACAGAAGUCAAGCUUGUUGGGGUUUAUUCAACAACUGCUACAAAAGGAUAUUUGUAUAGUAGAUACCUUCCGAGUUAACAUUUUAAGAGUCAUGAAUGUUUUAAUAGAAACUUCAGAAGAAGAUGUUAUAUAUCUGUUAGUCUUCUUCUGUGAAAGGCUGCAAAGGGGAGCACAAAGCUUUAAGUUACUAGAUGGAUCACCUGAACUGUCCAGGAUCCAAUGUUUUCUGAGUGGCACGGUCAGUAAAUGGGUUGGGGUUUUAAAGGGUGUUCAGAAUGGGGAUUUAGCAUCUACUUCAAUUCAUGAAGCUGACUUGGCCCUGCUGUGGGGAAUUAUUAACUGCUUUCCGCAAAUAGUAGACUCCCAAGAAGGUCCAUCCUUGUUACUUGAUUUGACAGAUGCAAUCGAUCAACUCCUGAUGAUUGAAGAUGGGAAUAUUGCAGGCUUUCCUAAACGCACUUGGCAAAGCCUAAUUGGCACUUCCUUAAAUUCCUAUUACAAAUUGACUUGCGGUAAAAAUUUGGAGCCAGAAACAAGCAGAUUUUUAGUUCUUGGAAAAAGACACAAAUCAUGUUCACAUGUGUUGGUUGCUGUUGCUGAUUUUUUGGACUCUUUGUAUGGGUCUGCGAUGGAUGGCGACACCCAGUUUACAAUAUAUCAUCCAGAACUUAGUGCAUAUAUGGCUAUGGAUGCUUUAAAGAUGUUUGCUGACAAUUUGUGCCACCCAGACAGAGGGAUUCGUGCUUCAACUCUUAGAAUAUUAUGCCACUUUGAAACUUUAAGUUGCGAUGAGCCAGUUCUGAAAAAGAUGAAAACUGAACUUUCUCCUACUUCUCAUGUCGAUAACAAAGACUUUAAUGUUCUUCAGCUUCUUCUGUCAAUCGAGUCAACUCCUCUUUCAAUUUCUACCAGCAGAAAAGUUACUCUAUUGAUUUCUAGAAUACAGAUGGGCCUCUCUGCUGGAAAAAUAUCUGAAGCUUAUCUUCCCCUUGUUGUAAAUGGCAUGAUUGGUAUCUUCCAUAACCGGUUUAGUCAUCUUUGGAAUCCUGUAUCAGAGUGCCUUGCAGUUCUGAUAAGCCGAAGUAAUGGACUUGUAUGGGAAAAUUUUCUCAAUUAUUUUGAGCAAUGCCAGUCCUUAUUUCAAGCAUCUAUUGAUCAAGUUGGCCAAGGUGAUACUGUGCUGUCCAACAAGUCAAGUGAUCUGGUUGAACGUUUUAAUUUGUUUGUUACCCCAACAUCUGAUAGUACACCAACGGCAACAGUUUUGUCUUCCUUGCUCCAAUCUUUACAAAAACUUCCAAUCAUUGAAUCCAAGUCUCAUCAGAUUCUGCCUUUAUUUCUGAAAUUUUUGGGCUAUAAUUGUGAAAAUUUUGUAAGUGUGGGAUCUUUCAAUUCAAAUGUUUGUAAAGGUAAAGAGUGGAAACGUGUCCUUAAAGAAUGGUUAAACUUGCUGAAACUGAUGUACAACCUUAAGCACUCAUAUCAGAAUCAGUUUCUUAAAGAGGUUUUGCAAAAUAGGCUCUUGGAUGAAAAUGAUGCUGAAGUACAGAUGAAGGUUCUCGAUUGCCUCUUAAUCUGGAAAGAUGAUUUCCUGCUCCCAUAUAGUCAGCAAUUGAAAAACUUGGUCAGCGUCCAAAAUUUAAGAGAAGAAUUAACAAGAUGGAGUUUGUCGAGAGAGUCUAAUCUAAUUGAAGAACAACACAGAGCUUACCUUGUGCCCAUUGUUAUCCGACUUCUGAUUCCCAACGUCCGGAAAUUGAAGAAACAUGCUUCUCAGAAGCACUCAAGAGUAAAUCAUCGCAAGGCAGUGCUCGGUUUCAUAGCUCAACUUGAUGUUGAAGAGAUACCUCUUUUCUUUGCAUUGUUGAUAAAGCCCUUGCAAAUUAUUUCGAUAGGAAGUGAAGGUGCUGCAAACUGGUUUUGGAGCUCAUCAAAUGGUUCUGUGGAAGAAUUUCGAACAUUGAAUUUCUUGAAGUAUUUCACGUUUAGCAAUAUUACAGCCUUGUCUUCGAAGAAAAGAAGUGCUUUUCUACAUGUGAUUGAAGAUGUUCUUGGAGUUUUUGAUGCAUCACGUGUUGGUCCCUUCCUUGAUUUCAUAAUGGGAUGUGUUGUUCGGAUAUUAGGAAGCAGUACUUUAGGUCUUGAUGUGGCAAAAGGCAAAGGUUCUUCUUCCCUUACUAAUUAUUCUGAUGCUAAUCUUGCUUCCCUUGGAUAUGAUGGGGCAGUGGAUAAUAAUGUUUUGAUAUCUACGGCUGUGGGGCAGUUGAAGGAUUUGAGAUCUUUAUCCUUGAAAAUUGUGUCCUUUGUUCUGAAUAAGUAUGAAGAUCACGACUUUAGCUGUGAAUUCUGGGAUCUUUUCUUCGGGUCGGUGAAGCCCUUAAUUGAUGGUUUCAAGCAGGAGGGAUUCAGUGGCCAGAAGCCUAGUUCACUCUUCUCUUGCUUUCUUGCUAUGUCUAGAAGCGAAAAAUUAGUAUCACUGCUGUGUAGGGAGCAAAACCUUGUCCCUGAUAUACUCUCAAUUCUAACCGUCACGUCAGCAUCUGAAGCUAUUGUGGCUUGUGUUCUGAACUUUGUUGAGAACUUGUUGAUUCUUGAUGAUGAAUUGGGUGUUGAAGACAAUGCUGGAAAAAGAGUUAUACUUCUGUACCUUGAAGCACUAGUUGAUAACUUGCAUUGUCUCUUCGAAAAUAAUGUUGCAGCCAAGAGGAAAUUGCUUAAACACCCAGGGGAGACAGAAGUGUGGAUUUUUAAAAUAUUACCAAAGUAUAUAAGUGAUGCAUUGUCAGCCCGGAAAUUCGUGGAUAUAUUGCUCCCUGUUUUAGCAAAUGGAGCUCAAGAUUCAGAAUUUCGAUUUGAAGCUGUGCAAGUCAUUUGUGAUAUUAUUCCAGUACUAGGGAGUGAUGUUACAAAUAAUAUUUUGAAUGCAGUAUCUCCAUUACUUAUUUCUACCGAUCUAGAUAAGCGUUUAGUUAUCUGUAAUCUUCUGGACACACUUGCCAGAGCGGACCCUUCCGUUCAAUUUGUGGCAAAACUUGUCCAGGACUUAAAUGCAACCUCUAUCACGGAAAUAGAUAGCCUUGAUUAUGAUAGAGUGCUCAAUGCUUAUGGAAAGAUCACGGUUGAUAUGUUCAAUACCAUUCAAGAGGAUCAUGCAUUGGUCAUAUUGUCUCACUGUGUCUAUGACAUGUCAUCUGACGAAUCAACCUUGAGGCACCGAGCUUACGAUUCAUUGCUUUCAUUUGUUGAAUUUUCUGCCCUCAUACUUGGCAAAGUAUUGAACAAUGACUCUGAAAUGCCUGACAAGAUGUUAGCCUCUGAGGAUCAUUGCUGGACAAAAGUUUGCAUUCAGCGCAUAAUAAGCAAAUUUCUUUUAAAGCAUAUGGCUAAUGCUAUGAAGAGUGGGACAGCUGUUAGAGAGGAAUGGGUCGAGUUACUUAGAGAAAUGGUGUUAAAACUUCCAGAAGUGGCAAACCUUGGUUCACUGAAACCUCUUCAGGAUGAAAAUCUUGAAAUAGAUUUUUUCAAGAAUAUCCUUCAUAUACAGAAACAUAGGAGAGCAAGGGCAAUGAAACGCUUUAAGAAUUUUGUCACAAACAGCUAUAUGCCAGAGGGCAUCACAAAGAAACUGUUUGUUCCCUUCUUCUUCACGAUCUUGAUGGAGGAAGAAAAAGGAGAGCAUAUAAAAAAUAUGUGCAUAGAGGUGAUUGCUUCAAUUUCAAGCAGGGAGUGGAGUUCAUCCUACUUGUUGCUGAUGAGAUGCUUCAAUGAGAUUUCCAAAAAUCCUCUGAAACAGAAGCUUCUUUUGCGGCUAAUUUGCUCUAUCUUGCACCAGUUCCACUUUUCAGAGACAAUUGAUACUGCCUCUGUAAAUGAAACACAAACAUGCCUUCAUAAAACUGUGCUUCCUAAGAUACAAAAGUUACUCAGCGAUUCUGAAAAGGUCAGUGUUAACAUCAGUCUUGCUGCACUGAGAGUAUUAAAGUUGCUACCUGGAGAUGUAAUGGACUCGCAGCUUCCUAGCAUUAUUCAUCGCAUUUCAAACUUUUUGAAGAACAGAUUAGAAAGCAUCCGUGAUGAAGCUAGGAGUGCUUUGGCUGAUUGUUUGAAGGAGCUUGGGUUGGAAUACUUGCAUUUUAUAGUCAAAGUUUUGCGAAGCACUUUAAAACGUGGAUUUGAGUUGCAUGUCUUGGGAUAUACUCUAAACUUUAUCUUAUCAAAGUUUCUCGUUACUCCUAUCAGCGGGAAACUGGACUACUGUUUGGAAGAUCUUCUUUCUAUUGCACAGAAUGAUAUUCUUGGAGAUGUUGCCGAGGAAAAAGAGGUUGAGAAGAUUGCUUCCAAAAUGAAAGAAACAAAGAAGCAAAAGUCUUUUGAAACUCUGAAAUUGAUUGCUCAAAGCAUAACAUUCAAAAGCCAUGCCUUGAAGCUUCUGUCACCUGUUAUAACUCAAUUUGAGAAACAUCUUACACCAAAAACAAAGUCAAAAUUGGAAAGUAUGUUGAAUCACAUAGCAGCUGGUAUUGAGUGUAAUCCAACUGUUGAUCAGACUGACCUUUUUAUAUUUGUACAUGGCCUGAUUGAAGAUGGAAUAAAAGAAGAAAAUGGUAAGGGUGAGACUUCGUUCAUUACGGGGGGAAAUGGACAUCGUCGAAGGGAUUUGGUUGGAAAAGUUGAUUCCUCAGGCCGCAUUGCAGGUGCUAAAUCAGUGUGUUCACAUCUUAUUUCUGUGUUUGCUCUUGGGAUGUUGCAGAAACGCAUAAAGAAUUUGAAAGUGAGAAAAAAUGAUGUACAAAUAUUGUCAAUGUUGGAUCCUUUUGUCAUACUGUUAGGGAAGGGCUUGAAUUCCAAGUAUGAAGAUGUCUUAUCUGCAACACUUAGAUGCCUAACUUCGUUGGUCAGGUUGCAUUUACCUGCCAUUGAAGAUCAAGCAGAUAGUAUAAAAGCAGUGCUCUUUGAUAUUGCUCAUAGUUGGUUAAAUACCGGCAGUUCUCUAAUGGAGUCAUGUCUGAGGCUGUUAACUGUACUUUUGCGGGGCAACAAAAUUACUCUUUCCUCCGAUCAUCUACAUCUAUUGAUUCAGCUUCCAGUGUUCGUUGAUAUUGAAAGGGACCCCUCAUUUGUUGCUCUUUCACUUCUGAAGGCAAUUGUUAAACGCAAGCUAGUUGUUCCGGAGAUAUAUGAUCUUGUUACUAGAGUCUCAGAAUUGAUGGUAACAAGUCAAGUAGAACCAAUUCGUCACAAAUGUAGUCAGAUUCUGUCUCACUUCUUAAAUGAUUAUCCUCUUUCAGAAAAACGAUUGCAACAACAUUUGGAUUUUUUGCUGUCUAAUCUGAGGUAUGAGCACUCUAGUGGAAGAAAAACUGUGCUUGAAAUGCUCCAUGCAGUUAUCGUUAAAAAUCCACGAAAUGUUGUAGAUGAGCAAUCACAGACGUUUUUUGUCCAUUUGGUGGUUUGCUUGGCUAAUGAUCGGGAUAAUGAAGUUCGUUUGAUGGCUGGUGCGGCUAUAAAACGUCUCACUGGUUGUGUAAGCCCACGCUCACUUCUCUCCAUUCUUGAGUACAGUCUAUCUUGGUAUUUGGGUGAGAAGCAGCAACUGUGGGGUGCAGCAGCACAGGUUUUGGGGUUGCUGGUUGAAGUUGAAGUCAUGAAGAAACGAUUCCACAAGCAUAUCAACAGUGUAUUAAAAGUGACUAAAAGCAUCUUGCAGUCUGCCAUCGAUGCUGUCACUCAUGAUUCUCCUCAUGAAACUGCCAUUCCUUUCUGGAAAGAGGCAUUUUAUUCAUUGGUUAUGCUGGAAAAAAUUCUGAAUCAGUUCCAUGAUUUGUGUUUUGAUAGGGAUCUUGAGGAUAUAUGGGAAGCAAUUUGUGAGUUACUCCUGCAUCCACACAUGUGGUUACGUUGUAUUUCAAGUCGUCUUAUAGCCUUCUACUUUGCUUCCGUAAAAGAGUCUUGCUCAGGAGAUCAUGAAAAUCCAUUUGGCACUUACUACCUUAUAAAACCUAAUAAACUUUUCAUGAUAGCUGCAUAUAUCUGCUGCCAACUGAAGACACAACUCAUUGAUGAUGCAGCCAACAAACUGAUUACACAAAAUCUUGCAUUCACUGUGUGUGGUGUGCACUCUUUGAUGGGACAAACAGAGUGUGCAGAUUCUCACCAGUUUUGGUUUAACCUUGAACAGCAUGAGCAAGACCGAUUUCUUAAAGCUUUUGAGUUGCUCGAAGCUAGAAAAGGAAAGACCACGUUUUUAUCUCUUACCUCUGGCAUGUGUGACGCAAAUGAUGAAAAUCCCUCCAAGAAUAUUCGAUGCUUGCUUGUCUCUAACUUGCUCAAGAAAAUGGGAAAGAUUGCCCUUCAAAUGGAGGCUGUCCAGAUGAAAAUUGUCUUUGAUUGUUUCGAAAAAAUUUUGUCUGAAAUGAGUCGGGAGGAUUGCCUGCUUUAUGCUUAUGAAAUGUUGCAGCCCUUGUAUAAAGUUUGCGAAGGAUUUUCUGGGACUGUGAUCCCUGAAAAUAUGAAGCAAUUAGCAGAAGAAGUUUCUGGACGUCUACGCAGUAAACUAGGCAGCCAAAAUUAUGUACAAGUUUACAAUGACAUCAGGAAACAACUCAAGGCAAAAAGGGAUAAGAGGAAACAGGAUGAAAAGCGCUUGGCUGUAGUUAAUCCUAUGCAGAAUGCCAAGAGGAAACUGAGGAUUGCAGAGAAGCAUCGGGCCAACAAGAAAAGGAAGAUGAUGACAAUGAAAAUGGGGAGAUGGGCACAUCAUUCCAAGUCAAAGUGAUUUUGCAACAAGUUUACAUUGUUAAGGCCGACCAGAUAAGGAUUUGCUGAUCACGAUAAUUACCAAUACAAGGAUGGACUAAUUUCCAUAUUCUGUUAGAUAUUGCGGAUGCAGCCCAGUUUUGUCAAGAUGACUGUUGUGGGUGACUUUGACAGGGAUUGCACUAUCAAGUAGACAUAGCAAUCCGACUAAGACUCAUCUGAUGUAUAGUAAUUUUUCUUUCCAAAAUCAUACCAUUUAUAAGUAAUAUUGAAAAUAACCUUGUUAAAUGAUCAUCAAUUAUGUUACCCUA